UUCUUGCAGCAGAAAACGUUUUUAACCAAAAUAUGCUAAAUUUUUCAAUCAAAUUAUCUUUCUAUUACUAUUUUAAAGUGUUCUUACAUAUUUAACCAAUUAUUUAAUAUUAUAUUUCUUAAAAAAAAAAUUUUUUGUUUAAAACAAUUCAAAAAUACCGGCCGUGAAAAUGACUUUUCACGCAUUUUCACGGUCCAGAAAUAAUGUUCAUCUGAUCGAAAUUUGAGGUAUAAAAGCACCUUAAUGAUUAUAGAAUUGUUUACAUCAAUGACAUUUGAUAUUUUAUCAAUUAUUAUCUGAUAUAAAAAUGCUUAUUUAUGCUGAUAAAAAAUCUAAUGACGAGGUUAUGUUUAUAUACAAAAUAUGGACCCCUUGGAAGUAGACAUUUUACAAAAAAUAUUAAGCAGUUGUAAUGGAGUUUGGAAUGAUAUUAAUACAAAAGAUGAAUGGAAAAUUUUAAGAGAGAAAAAUAAUUUUCCAAUAAUUGAUGAAAAUUUAUUAAAUGGAUUAGUAACAUCUCUAGUUAAUCUUUUAAGUUUUACAGUUUCACAUGCUCUUGAACAGCGAUACGAAGUUCGUUUAUCUGUUAUUGAAAUACUAAGGGCAUGGAGUCAAUUAAGAGGUUCUUUAUCAAAAUUAAAUACCACUUUUUUGGAUGGAGAAAAUGUUAGAAAUUUUGUUGUGAAUAUUUUAGAGAAAUAUCUAUCAGAUGAUCUUUUGAAUAUCACAAAUUCUGUUGAUUCAUUAAUGACAUUGUAUCGUGCCUUAAUUUAUUUACUUCCAAAGAAUCCAUCAUUAUUAAAAUUUUUACACAAAAUAAUUAUUCGGCUCACUGAAUUGGAAUUAACAGAAGAUAGUGAAAAAUUAUUGAUAUCAAUUACGGAAUUUAAAGGAAAUUUUACUGUUGACGAUCAACUUUUAGAGAAAAUUUAUUAUUCUCAAAGAAUUAAAUUUAUUGAGACACCAUUAAAAAAUGCAUUUAUAGGAAAUUUUUCCAAAUUAUCAAAUCCAAAUGACUGUCAAUUAUCAUUGGAACAAGAAUUAGAUAAACUCAUUACAAGAAUAGUAAAUUCUUCAUUAAUAUUUCAAUUAACUUUCAAUUUAUUGAAUGAAAUAUUUUUAGUAACCAAUCAUUCUCAAGAGGCUAUUAAUUUUAUAAAAAUAAUUCUUGACUGCAUAAAUAAUCGUUGUAAAUUAUGUGAAAAAGAUAUUAUCGAUCUUUAUCCAAUUAAUUUACAAUCGUGUAUAAUACUUUUAAAAAUUGAGCCAAACGAUCAUACACAAGCAUCAAAAAAUUAUACAUUAAAUGAAUUGAAAAAUAUUUUUUUAACAAAUAAUCAAGACGCUAUUAUAUUGGUAUCUCAUUUUCCAAUUUGGUUGGAAAUAUUUACGUCCUUUCUGAUUGAUAAUGAAUGUGAUUUAACUUAAUUACAUUAUUUUAUGUGUACAUAUAAUAGAAAAAAAAUUUUUUUCAUUCAAAGAAUACUAUUUCUUGUGAAACAAAAAUUAAAAUCGAAAUUAAAAAACUGUUUUUAUUAACAAAUCGUAAUAAACUAUUUUUAUUAUAGAUUCUUAAAUUACCUUAGAAAAUGAUCAUUUUAAAUCAAAUAAAUGACUUCAACUUUCCUGUCUUUUCCAAAAAUUUUCAUUUCAAAAAACAUGCAAAAAAAAAUGAUUGAAAACUUUCUAUUUUGGAAACAAAAAAAAAUCAUUUAAAUUUAAAGGCGCUAUUUUUUUUUCAAACGUAUUCUAAAUCUUUAUUCAACCAAAAAAUUCAGUAAACCGCAACGAAAAUCAAAAAAAAAAAAAGACAGGAGAUCUACUAAAAAAAAAGAAUUCAAACUUUAACGGAUUCCAUUUUUUGUCCUAUUGGAAUUUCUUGUAUCUGUAUUGAAUCAGUGAAAAUUGUCAAUUCAUUGACAUUAUUAGUUUUUGAUGAUACUACAAUUGGAACAAUUGAUUUAGGAAUAGCUUGAGUAACAGGAAUAAACACGGCUGCCGAUGGGAUUCUAUUUUCAAUUUCUGGAGAUUGCUUUGAAGUUGAAUUGAAAUUUGUUGAUGAAUUCAUUUGUCUUGCAAGUGGUCUACGUUUUUUUAAACAACAAUCACAUUGAUCUUUCAAUUUUUUUUCCUUUUUCAAUUUUACAUUUGAAUUCUUCGACUGGACAACCUGUCAAAUCCAUAAGCAAUUAAUAUGACAAAUUUUGAAAAUUAAAAAAAGAAAAAUUUCUAUUUUUAAAUUUCAAUUCUCUCUGGAAAUAAACAAAUCAUCUUUCUCUUUUUUUUCUUUUUGAAUCCACAUUGUAAUUUUCAAAAGAAAACAAAUACUUUCACAAAAAAAUUUUUGAAAAAUUAAUUAACAAAGAUUUACAAAUAUUUUGUAAUUAUAAAAACUAGGAAUAAGGAAGAAUAUGGAUUCAAGGAAAUUUUGGAUGAGAUGUCAAUUUUGAAAAUUAUUCAAAAAAUUUUAAUCUCCACGAAAUUAGUUUUUUUUUUAAAAAAAAUUAUUUUGCAGAGAUUAAACUUCUUUGUUUUCGUAUUAUAGAAAAUUUAAAUUUAAUUAUAAUUAAAUAAUAAUAGAUAAAAAAAACCAAAUUUUCAAAAAAAAAUUUUUUUUCUAAAAAAUUAAUUUUUCUGUUUAUAAAAAGAAAAGUAUAACAAAAGGGCCUGAAAAAAGACUUUCCCCUUAAAAACCACACUACCAAAGAUGUAGGAAAUAUUUAAUUCAUUCUUUAUUUCACGGAACUGUACAUCUCUAGAUAAAAUAACGGCACAGUGAAAGAAAAAUGUAGGUCAACAGUUGAAAUGCGACAAAAAAGAAUUUUCAGCAAACAACAAAUGACAUGAUUAUUUUUUAAAAGUAUAUCAUAAAGUCAUCAGGCACGAUAUAAAUGCUUUCCUAUUUUUUUUUAUCUGCUUCUUUUCUUUUCAUUUUUUUUUUCAUUUUGAGAAGAAAAUUCAAAAAUCUAAGAAUCGCAAGUAAAAUUUCCAUAAUUAUAUGGAAUAGAAAGAAAAAAAAAGAAUUCAAAAAAGCCUUAUUUUUUUUUUUUUUAUACAAACAACCCUUAGAGAGAUUAACAGAACGGAUUUAAGUGGACUCAAAAAUCCUUCAUCGAAACUAAUUGCAUAAACAAAAAAUAGGUAAAAUUUCAACAAAUUCUAUAUAAUUAAAAAAAAAAAAUGUGAUCGUGAGUCGUCGAUCGACAAUCUUUGAUUUUUAUUUUAUUUUAUUUUUUUUUUUAAUAUAUUGAUCAACUCUCCGGCCCCUAAGAUUUCUCUAAACAUUCACUGAAUUGCACAUCUAUCGUAUAAGCGAGAGAAAAGAACGAAAUAAAAUAAAAAAAAAAAAAUCCGAAUUUUAUAACUGAAUAUUUCAAUUAUACAAAGAGAGCCACCACUUUUUCUAUAUUAUUUCACUUUUUUUUUUUCUUUUUUUCCAUGUGAGUCAAAAGCCGGGUAAAAGCAUAAACAGUAGAAAUUUUUAUAAAAUCAAAUGCUCUGUUAUCUUAUAAAAUGUGUUAUACAUUUAACAUCGAGGCGAUGAGUUAUUUUUUCUUUUUCUGAUUUCAUUUCCAAAAACGUGAGCUCUACUGUAAAUUUUUUUGUUCCAUUUUGCACACACAAUAAUUAUAUUUAUAGUUUUUUUUUUUAAAAAAGAACAGCGAUGUUUACAAAUCCGAUUUUGGUUCAAUUUUUUUUUUCACCCCCAAAAUCGAGUAAAUUUCUUUUAUAUUUAUUUUUUUUCAGGAGAGAUUUUUUUCGACCAUACAAUUCCGGAUGAAUGUGUUUUUUUUUUUUUUUUUUUUUUUUAAUUAAUAUUCACACGUACGUACGCACGCCCACACACGCUCACACGUACACGCAUGCGUGUGCAAGUAAAUUUGUGUAAAUAUAUAAUAUAUAUUUCAUAUUUAUAUAUAAUAAUAAUAUAUAAUAUAUAUAUAUAUAAAUUGUUUAUUUCUGUAACUAUAUAUUUUCACUUGAAAAAGGGCGAAAGAUCGCAUUUUUUUUUUUAAAUCUCUCAGACGGUUUGGGAAAAUUUUUUUUUUUUAAGUUGAAACGAGCUUUCGCCCUAUUGAAAUUUUAUUUUUUUUUAUUAUAUUAAAAUAUUACAAACUAUGGCGAAAAACGUCUAGUCGAAGAAAUAAUUCCUUUAGGGAUUCGACUAGUUUCAAAAAACCCCAUUUGGUUCUACUGCGUAAAGUCGCAUUAUUAUUUUAUUAUUAUGUUUUUUUUUUUCUUUCUUUUGAACGGUAAGUUGAUAAUUGUUUAACAAUUAAUAGUUUAUUAUGCUGAUAUCGUUAAGUCCAUGUAAUAAAUGUUGAAAAUCGCACACCACUAAACGCUCGUUUGCCACUAAAAAAAGAAAAGAAAAAAAAAAAAAUAGCGGCAAUUAAAUCGCUGAGGGUGACAAUAAUUUUUUGUUUGUUUUUUUUUUUCUUUAAAUCAUUUGGGGCGAUAAUCAGCUUUUUUUUUGUCUUUUAUAGAGAAUUCAACCUCACAAUUUUAUUGUGAGAUAAAAAAAUUUAUAAAAUCAGAUAUAGAGAAUUUGAUAAAAUUGAAAAAAAAACAGAUUAAAAACUCGUACAAGUUUUAUGUAAUAAAAUUCAUUAAAAUUACAAUUUCUUUUAUACAUUUUAUGUAGCAUUAAAUAAAUUUAAUUUUUUUUUUUGUAUAUAAAACUCGCCAAUUAGAUUGGAGAGCUUGGAAAUAAAAAAAAAUUAAUUUCCUGGAUAUCACCCCAAGUGUCCGCUACUUAAAAAUUUAAUAAUAAUAAUAAUUAGCAGAAGAAAAUUUCUGCAUUUUUUCUACACACACACACACACACACACACACACGAUUAUACCAAAGCACGCAAGCACAUUAGGGCAACGAACAUACGCACUCCAGUUUUCCUAAUAACACACGUUGACGUGUUAAAGUUUUUUUAGCGAUCGACUCGAUCGAAAAAUUUUCUUUUUUUUUUCUCUAAAUAUAUAUUUAUAUAUAUAACGUCGAUUGAAAACGAAGUGGCUCUAAUAGGUCGCAACGAAUCCAUGCUGCAUAGUUUUGUUCCUCUUUCUUUCGUUUUUGAACAAUUUUUUUUUUUUUUUUUUUUAUUUAUUUCGUUCACUUUUAUUCGUUUAUUUUUUUUUAAGACGCAGCUAGAUAAUUUAUCUUUUUUAAAAUUGUAAUAAAGAAAACUAAUUGUAAUAAUAGCAGUAAUAAUAAUAUUAAUAAUAAUAAACAUCAUCGCCGUAUUGAAUAAUCAUAAUAUAAUUGUAAUUAUCAUAAUAAUAAUAAUAAUCGCAGCAGUAAAGAAUUUAAGCUACCUCACAACCAGAUUUUGUACACAAUUAAUUAAUAAUUAAUAUUAAUUACAAUUAAUUAAUAAUAUAAACAUUAAUUAAUAAUAAUUAAAAUUAAUUAAAAAGUAAUUUAAAAAAAAAAAUUAACCAAUUUGUCUAAUUUAAUUGAUUUUUUUUUCAAAUUUAAUAUUAUACAAAAUUAAUUAUCGAUUCAAUUAAAUUGCAAACAAUUUUUGCUGUGUAUUUACAAUAAUUAAAAAAAAAUUAAACAAACACUGAUUGUGGGGUAAUGCAAUAACCGUAUAAUAAUAUUAAUUAAUAAUUAAUAGCAGUGAUUGUGAUAACAGUAAAAGAUUUAUCCCUUCAAGUACAAGUUUUUCUUGCGCCUAUUGCUUUUACACUUUUUUUUUUUUUUUUUUUUUUUCGACAAUAAUAUUAUUAAUCAUUAGUUAAUCGACGCUCGCCGAUUAACAACCGUACAACGUUUGUAAAACAGCAAACGGAACACCAAACUAUCCUCUAACAACCACCUUUUUUUCUCUCUAUUAAAAAAAAAAAAAAAAAAAAAAACGAAAAAAAAAUUGAUUUUCCGAUGAAGAUAGAUUUAGAGCUAAAAAGAGAUUUUUUUUUUUUGAAACGAGAGAUAGAGAGAUGUGAAAAAUAGAGAAAGAGAAAUAGAGGAAUGACUGAAAAAUAAGAGAGAGAGAGAGAGAGAGAGAUAAAAAGAGAAAAUGAUAACUAAUAGUCAUACAAAUUGUAUUAAUUCAUGUGUGUGGCAAUAGUUAAUUCUUACUAGUAAUUCUCUCACUAGACACGAUUCAACAUAUAGAAAGUUUAUCGUUAUUAUUUAAUAGUUAUUAUUUAUCAUUUUUUUUUUUUUUUUUUAAUAAUUAUUAUCUUAAAGCUGUCUAAGAACUCACUGCGUGGCAGGAGUAUUGUGUUUUUUUUUUUCUUUCUUUUAUUUUAUAUUACUUUGCUUACUUUAAACGUGUUUGAACGUUUUUUUUUUUUUUUUUUUCUGUAAAUCUGUUUCUCUGUUGUGUCUGUGUAUUAUUCAUAAUUUUUUUAAAAAAAUUAUAAUAUUGUAAAAUAAUGGUAUUCGUGACGUGUUUAAUAGUGUAAAUUUUUGGUGUGUUAAUGUGUGUUUAUUUUUUUUUUCUUCUCACGUGAAUGUAUUUUAUAAUCUUAAAUAUUUACUACUUGUUGAUGCUUUGUAAUUUGUAUUUUGUAUAGAUCACAAUGUCAUAACCACCUGCGCCAAUGAACGAUUUUUUUUUUUGUAUGCCUUUUCGUUUCCUUUCGUAUAUGAACAUUUUCUUAUUAUUAUUAUUUUUUUUUAAUUAUUACUCACGGAUCGCAGUCGCUCUUAAAUUUUCCCUUUUUUUUAUUAAAAUUGUUAAAAAAUAAAUUUAAAUGAAUUUUUGAUAAAAUUCAUCAAAAUUUUAUAAUAGAUAUAAAAUUGUUUUUAAUAAAUUUCAAAAAUUAGUUUAUUAACUUGCAAUUCAUGAAUUCGAAUUUACAUAUAUGUAUAAUAUUUUUCGAAAACUAAACAAUUUUUAAACACAAUAAAAUACUUCCUUCGAGGAAGUAAAAAAAAAAAAAAAAACAAAAAUAAUAAAAAAUUGUACUUGACGAGCCAUUUUCUUUUUUCAAAAGUGCUUGACAAAUUUAAGAGAGACGCAUAUUAUAUAAUUGGCGACCCUGGCUCCACUUUAUUCCUUUUUUUUUUUUAUUAAGUCUCCUUGGAUUUUUCUAUAAUUGUGAUUUAUAUUUCGUUAAUCUAUCCUUGAAUUAUAAUAUCCUAGUUAAAUUCAGACCAGCCGAAAUUGUUGAUUUAGAAGAAGAGACCAAAAAAAGAGAAGAUAAUAAUAAUAAACCGAAGAUGUAACGGAGAACAAUAAGAAGAACAAUUAUUAAUAAUUAUAAUAUGAACAUUAAAUUCAAUAAUAUGAAUAUAUGAACAAUCAAUCACACUUAAAAAAUGAUCGCAUUUGAUGCGUCGAUAUUUCUAUUAAAUCGAAAUAUAUAUAUAUAUAUAUAUAUGUAUAUAUAAUUAAUUAAUAAGAUCAUCGCUAAAAAAUAAAUAAAAUUUGUUUCAUCUCUUAUUAUUUGAAGUUUUCGCGAAUCAUAUAUUUGGAUCGUGCAAAUUUUGUUGCAACAAAUCGUCAUCGCGUUUUCUUUUUUUUUUUUUAUAUUCAAUUAAAUAGCACGUAAAUCUGUGUAAUGCAUAAUCUAUGCCGCUUAUUUAAUAAUAUUGAUUUCGCACCAGCGCGAAAUGCUUACGAGUGUUUGUCGUUCCAUUUUCGGACAGUAUUUCAUUUUUUUUCUUUCUUUCUUCUUUUUCUUUUUCUUCUUCUUCUUCUUCUUUUAACACGUAUAUUUAAUAUUAAGAACGUAAAAGAGGGAUUUUAAAUUUUCGACAUCAUCGUUAGCACAGCGUUGCAGAAUAAAAGCGUAUAAGAUUUUCGGUUUUUUUUUUUUUUUGUUUUUUUUUUUUGUUUUUUUCAUUUCAUUUUCUUUUCUCUUUCUGGAAAUUAACUCGAACGUAUAUCCAUCUCCGACUCGAUCUUCAAUUACAGAAAUCUUUUUUUUUUUUAAAUCCAUUUUUCGUUAAUUAUUUUCCUGCGCCCGAACAUAAAGAAACGGACCUAAAUAACUGCCAGCCAAUAAUUAGAUAAUAGUGCAAUAUUUUAUAAUAAUUAAAAUCAAUAUGACUUCUUUAGUUUUUUUUUUUUGUUUGUUGGGUUUCGCAGCCACCUGGGUCCGUUGACAUUGGCAUUUCGUUACAAUUAUACAGUUUACAUAGAUUCUAUAUAAAUACCUAAUAUGUUUAUUCGUAUAAUACAUACCUAAAAUGCAAUUGUAUUAGAAGUCGGCCGUCGAGCUCAAAACGUAACGUACACAUCGUGAACGUAUCUUUUUUUUUUUUUUUUUUUUUUUUUUUGUCUUUGCUUUUUUCUUUAUGCCCUUUUUAUGUACAUACACUAAGUGUGUAUCGAAAAAGGGGGACAAUUCACGUGACUUUUUUUUUCGAUUACGUUCAAAUGUGUGCCCGAUUAACUGUAAUUUAAUAUAUUUUAUAAUAAUAUACACAUUAUAUGGAUCGUAAUCGGCUAAUAAUUAUCUCUUUUGCCGUCUAUUAUUUUUUUUUUUUCUCUCUCUAUAUAUAUAUAUUACCUCAUUAUUAUUAUUUUCAAUAAAGACGUCGAUCGAUUUGCAAACGAAGGAUGUGAAUGUGUGUGAAUGCGUAUAUAUAUAUAGGAUGUCGCAGUGUACCGUUUGACGAUUUGAAAUUUUAAUUUCGUAAAUGAAAUUUUUUUUUCAAUUGACUAUUUAAAACUCGAAAAAAUAAAUUCUUUUUCAGAAAGAAAAGCGACACCAAAAAAAAAAAAAAAAAAAAAAAAAAAAAAAAAAAAAAUGGAACGGUCGACGUUCUCGUCUGAAUCCUUUCCUCCGCGACGUAAAUCGUUAAUAUAACAACUAUUUUAUCCAUAAAUUCUGAACGAUCAAAUUCAAUUGUAAACGUAACCUCGACUACAGUCCAUUUCCCGCGAGGAAUUUUUUUUUUUUUCUCGUUGGACAUGUGCUUGACGAGAGAUAAGUUUCAAAAAGAGAAAUAGAAAGAAAAGAGAAAAAUGGGGAAAGGGGGUGGAGAAAAAAGAAGUUUAAUUAUAUAAACAAUCUAACGUGCAAUUAUCAAAAUGUGUGAUUAAAGGUAGAAGGGAGAGGGUGUGGGGGGGGGGGGG